UCCCUGCAAAGCAACUUCAAAAUUUCAUCAGGGUAUUGGAAGUUGGCCUAUUCUAGGCAGCCAUUUUUACCACCACGCCAACACACUUCCCAGUGUUCAGCAGCGAUACCAUCGAGGAAGACCAAGCCCAAGGUUUCCACUUUGCCAGACACAAAAACUCUACAGUCCGCACUAUACCGAAAAUGACGCCACCGACGCGAGCCCUCCUCGCGGGCGUGCGGCGUCUCGCCGUCAGGCCGCAGCUGCGGCUCAUCCACAACUCGACGCUGAACCCUGCCAGCGUUCACCCCGUGUCGGGUAACGGACCGCCGCCCGAGCCGCCGAGGCCCAUCGCCAGCGACCGCAGCACGGGACUCGACGCGCGCAUCACCAAGCGAAGGAAGCAGGCCGAGAUGCUCAAGCGGGCGCAGGAGCUGCGGUCCGGGGAGAAGAGCAACUCCGGCUCGGGGGCGGCGGCGAGGGCCAGUGGGCUGAAAAGGCGGUUCUGGAGGGAUUGUCAUGUGAGGGAGGUUGAUGGCGCAUACGAAGUCCACCUCGACACCCGAGGACUACGACACCCGACCACCAAGGAGAUCGUCCGCAUACCCCUCUCCAAACCGCAGCUGGCAUACGCCCUCGCUGUCGAGUGGGACCAGCUGGAGAGCGCACAGCAGGCUACCAAACAGCACCUGAUCCCGCUCACGAGCUUGGUGUGCCGUGCGAUCGACCUGGCCGCCGAUGACGCCGCCGGUGGCUCGAUCCGCACUUCGAUCAUCGACACGGUGCUCCGGUACCUCGACACCGACACACUGCUGUGCUGGGCGCCGGCAGGAGGCGAUGAGGCCGCCGACGGGCGCACGCUCCGCCAGGCGCAGGAGGAAGCGGCCAGGCCCAUCAUCGCCCACCUCCAGACCAAGGUCUGGCCCGGCGUUACCAUCGAGCCGGCCCUCGACGACGGCGGCCUCCUGCCCAAGCCCCAGGCGCCCGGCGUGCGCGACGUCAUCCGCGGCUGGCUGAUGGGUCUCAGCAGCUGGGACCUGGCCGGUGUGGAGAGGGCUACUCUGGCCGGCAAGGGCCUCCUCGCAGCCACUAGGCUGGUCUGCGAGUGGAGCCCCGCGCUGCAGCCCGCGGACGGCGGGGAGGAGGCCCCCGCGUUUGGCGUCGAGGAGGCCGCGCAGGCUGUCAGCGUUGAGGUCAACUGGCAAACCAAGGUGUGGGGCGAGGUCGAGGACACUCAUGAUGUGGAGAAGGAGGAUGUGAGGAGGCAGUUUGGCAGCGUGGUGCUGUUGGUGUCUGGUUAAGGGGUGCAAGGAAAAGUAGUGCACAUGUGUGUGUGUGUGUCCCCCUUGACGGCGCGGCAUAGUGUCGUCUGGGAGAUCGCGUGGCAGUGGCUGAGUCUCUGGCAUCGAGUUUGGCUUGACACGGGGCUGAUGAUAGCGAGAGAGAAUCUAGCUUAUGGCUACAGUCAGGAGGCCUUUACCAUCAGUAUUGGGGGGUGAGGCAGACGACGAGGGAGAGAUCAUCACCAACACAGGGAUGGUUGGUUUGAGGAUGAUAGCUGGGCGUUGGAGCACAUUUAAAGCGGUGUGUACUCAUGUAUAUUGUCACCAAAUCCAUAGAGUAGAGUAUAUGUGGAAUUGUAAGAUUCGUGUGUUA